UGGUUGUAAAGUAAAAGACCGGACCAUGGCGUUUGCAUCGGGUGCCACCGGUAUCUUUCGCCACAAUAUCUUUUGCCGGUUGCUUCCGUCCAUCCUCGUUGCGCUUCUGUUGUCGCGCUACCAUCUCCUCCUCUUCCUUCCUUUCUUCCUUCCCAGCCCUUAUUCAAGUAAACAUGAGCUCCUCCAACGUAAACAUGCCGUCCCCCGAGACGUUUGACGAUGAAUACGACGAUGAAUCCAUGGAAGAGCAGGUGGCGGCCAAGAAUGCCAAAGUCUCGUUGGCCAUGCGCAUCAUGACCACGUUUACAUUGGUAUCCAUGGGAGUCAAUGCCGCAGUGCUUGGCAUAAUGUUUUCCGUUACCAAAGAACUAGUCUACGUGAGCCUGGUGGCUUCGUCGUUUGCCAUUCUCGUGGGGCUCCUCGUGGUCAAGCGACAGAUUAUUGACAUGGCUCCUACGCACACCCUCCGAUUCAUUCACAACAAACUCCGUCGCAAGGUCCAUCAUCUCUAUUUGGAAAACAAUAAACUCAAGGAACACGUGGACGAUCUAGAAUCCAAUGUCAAAGAGCUAGGAGAUGUCGAAAAUCAACUCUCCGAUAUUACCAAAAAGCAAGAUUCCAAUGUCGACGACUUGGUCAAACUCGUCAAGGAAAAUGGAACACUCACCAACCAAAUGACCCGACUCAUCAUGGCCAGUGCCGCCAUGCAAAUGAUGGAUCUGGCACUCGAUUCCGAUCGAGAUGAAUCCAAUCUAUUUAGUGAUGACGAAAUCGACAGUUUGCUCCGUCGUUUGGAAAACAUUGAAGGAAUCAAAGUCAAUGAAACGGCCCUCCGGGAACAUAUCAAAGAAGACAAUUCGCUUCAAUCCAUCAUGGCCAUGCUCCAAUACGCGCGCACGUAUGCCCACAAAUAUCCUCCGGGGUCCGGCAAGACACCCCCCAUGGGGGAAGAUGCUCCCUGUUUCACCUUUGAUGUAGAACAAGUUGUGGCGCAGUAAAGAAAGCAAGAAAAAGGGGGAACAAACGUCCUUGCUUGCGUGAAAAUAGAGGCUGAUUUGAUUCAUUCAUUCGUAUUACUGCCGUAAAAUUUGUAAACGAGACUACUCGACCCCUCUAGUUUUGUGGGUCGACUGGACCUUCGCUCCUCCUCAAACUUCUCGAUUCGAUUCAGGCUCGUGGUAUGGUAGACUUUAGACUAUAGCAUUGUGUUGCUCUCAAGAUUUCAAAUACGACGGCGCAACAGGAUUGUGUGUCUAGUGGUACCGGUACGCAGUCGCGUCCUUCCUUUCAGUGCGUCUUAUUCAUUCAUUGCUUACUGCUUCAUAGCAGUGGGCCAAAUAGUCGGAGACCAUAGUUACCGUUGAGGGUCUUUCCGGACUCUCGGGACAGACUGUCUUCUGGAGUUGUUGGAAAACUGAUUCCUGCUGGCAGUACCGGUAAACUUCAAAUGAGUCCAGGGGCCGUCAUCACUCAAAGCAUAGAGUGCAUUAUACGGGACAAGCAAGUACUGGUACCGGUAGGUCGCUCAAGGCACCACCACUGGGUGGAUCUUCGGUGGUGCUCUGAAUGAAAUUCGCUAAGAUACUACAUGUAUCCGAGCAGUCCGCCUCAAAGAACCUUGUCCACCCCUUGUUCUGCCUCCAAUGUAUCAUAGGAGCAUUAUUUUGGAAGAAAAGGAACCAGUCACUUCUGUGAUACAUCUUUUGAAGACAGAACAGAUCCUGCAGUGCAAUAGGGA